AUGUCACCAGCAAUCCACAUCAGAUAUUCCCCCAAGUCACUAUAUACCACCAUUCCCAAAAAGGGUACUUUCGACAGUGAAUGUCGUUACAAAAUAGUAGAUCAGAUCUGUGUUGAGUCGAAUUUGUACAAGAUCCUUGGCGUGGAGAAAACCUGUUCAUCCGAAGAGCUCAGAAGGGCGUAUAUUCAGAGAUCUAGAAUAUGCCAUCCCGACAAAUUUCCCGAAUAUCCACGAGCAACCGAAGCAUUUCAAAAAUUGUCCUAUUCCUACGAGACGCUCAUCAAGCCAUCUACUCGGAGAGCAUACGAUGUAUCAGGCUCAUCUGAAUUCAGCAUGUUUGCUGGAUUGGCGGAUGAUACUCUGCACGGAGUAUUAUACCAGCUAUUCUUGGAAUUCAUGGAUGGAGACUUUGCGAUGAUAUACGCACUAGUCAAUGCAUUGAACGAUGGCAAUCCUGGUCUCAAUAUUGGAGAAGAUGUAAUUGAGACAAUGGAGCAACUUUUCAGACGACUGAGAAAAUUACUAUUAGCUGGACAGAAAUACAUGAAAAUCAUUAAAUUUGAACUGAUUCGUCUCCACGAAAUCCAGCAAGAGCUUCGGACUCUCUCGUAUUUUGACGUAUUUGGUAGAUUCAAACGUACCAUGCAAUUAGCGCGUAUUACCUUGCGCAUACCAAUGCUUAUCGAUUCUGCUAUGAAGACGGAGCACAAAAUGAAUGGUGGUAAUGGUGUUCAACACGGACUUCUUGGUGACGGCAUGGCUAAAUUCAUUGGUGGAUUAGUCAGUGCGCUUGAGACGGCGGAGGGUCUCUUGUAA